AUGGAGGGGAUUUUUCAGAUAGUGCAUUGUAAUGAAGAGAAUAAAGUUGUGUUUGAUUCUCACUUGAUGAUGGGUCCUGCUGUGAGGUGGUGGGAAAGUGCUUUGACUCUUAUGACCAAUUCAGGAGUACCUAUGGAUUCGGAGCAUUUUAAGACUACUUUUCUAGAUAAGUAUUUUCCUAUCUCUUUGAGGACUCAGAAAGAAUUUGAGUUUCAGCAGCUUAGACAGGGUACUAUGUCAGUGGCUAUGUAUGCUGAAAAGUUUGAAGAUAUGGCUGCUUAUUCUAGACAGGUCGUGUAUGCACCAGAUGAGAAGUGGAAGAUCGAUCAAUUCCUUUUUGGUUUAAGAGGUGAAAUUUCUCAUAGUGUUUCUCAAAGAGAAUUCACUACUUAUGAUGAAUUUCUAAGGCAAUUCUAUGUGGCUGAGAACAGUUUGAAGAAAGUUCAAGAAGAAAGGGAUCAAUAUAGGAUUGGACAGAAGGACCAGGGAAGGCCAUGUAACCAGUUUAGGCCUAGACCUUAA